AUGGCCAUCCAAUUGAGAGCCUCUUCGUCUUUCUCCUCUGCUCCUCCCACCCGUUCACAGAGACAUGAUGUGUUUCUGAGUUUCAGAGGCGAGGAUACACGCGACGGUUUUACAGGUCAUUUGUACAACAGUUCGGUUCGAAUGGGGAUCAAGACUUUCAUAGAUAUUGAUCUUACAAGAGGAGAGGAAAUAUCACAAGCACUUCUCCGAGCCAUUGAAGAGUCAAAGCUCUCUCUCAUUGUCUUCUCUGAAAACUAUGCAUCCUCAAAGUGGUGUUUGGAAGAACUGGUUUAUAUCCUUGAAUGUAAAAGAUUAAAGAACCAAAUGGUUCAGCCAAUCUUUUACAAAGUGGAUCUCUCUGACGUAAGACACCAAAGUGGUAAAUUUGGUGAGUCGCAUGCAGAUCUUGAAUGCAGAUACAAAGAUGGCAUAGGCAAGGUGUCCGUGGACUUUCUUUGGCGGGUACGAAUAUGAAUUUAUUGAUAAAAUUGUUGAAAAGAUCUCCGAUAUGUUCGCACAAGUAUAUGAACCUACCUAUUUGGAUACGCCAGAGUGCCAAGUUGAGCUA